CAUCAUGGAGGCAGGUGUAUUUCUCCUGCUGCUGUUCCCAUUGUUGGGGAUUGGGUCGACUCUCAGCUUUUAUGGAGACAGCAUUAGUUUCAUGGCUCCAGAGAAGGAAAUGGAUGGGACAUUUAAGGUGACCUUUUAUCACCGGCAGAAUGGCAAAAGUAACUGUCAGGAUCAGUCAUCUUUCUCGUGUGAUAGUGGCGUAUGUACAGGCUUUAACGAGUCGAGUGUCCUGCAAACAGACCAGGACAGCACAGGCCAAGGCCGCUGGUGCCAGUCUGAAGGACACACAACAGCAACCAUCCUGACUAAUAAUGCCUCCUUUUCUCUGAGGGACUCUGGCUGCUGCUGGGUGUCUAAUGUUGAAGGGGAAACCCAGUGGACAACAUAUGCUGAGCUGGACCUGGGAACUCGAUCUGAUACGCACACUGUCAACAGCUGUCCCGUAACAACAACAGUGUCUUCUUUGCGGGUGCCUCAAAACUGUUUUUCCAGGAUUCGUAUUCUUGCACAUGAUCCAGAUGGAGAUGAAGUGAAAUGUCGCUUUGCUACAUCUGGUCCCACAAACUUCACUCUAGACGAGUACUCGAAUGAUGUCCUCCUGCCAAUACCAAACUGUGAAGCCGGUCAUGUGCAGCCCAUAUUCUUGUACAGAACCCCUUCACACGGUGAUAUUCUUCAUGCCACUGUGGGCCAGACAUUCCAGCUUUAUGCUGAAGCUGAAGCUCGCCAUUCCAGCAUCCACGACUUCCAGGUCAGUGGCCCCCAGAACAUGACCAAAGUGUUCAAAGACGAUGUGCUCGGAAAAGCAGAAGUCACUCUCAGCUGGACACCACAGCUCAGUGACCUGUACAGAUAUGUCCCAGUCUGCUUCACUGCAGAGACAAAUGAGACCCAAUCAGAGAUGAGGUGUGUUGUUGUCUUGGUGACCCAAGCAUCUACCACACAAGUGACAGAUAAAGGUGAUUAUAUCGUUUUCAAGAAUGUGAUCAACUCCUUUGAGCUGGCUAACGAGGUUAUAACUCGAAGGAAGACGGUUAAAAUCGGUUUCUCAUGCCAGUUUCCCAAAUCCAUCAGCAUCUCCAAUUACUACAAUCUCCACAACGCUGACUACAUUUUCACCGAGUCCAACUUCGGAAGCUUUGGCUACACUUUUGAAAUUUUCCACAACAGCAGCUUUACAAAUAGAGUGGAGGCCAGUGCCUAUCCAGUACAAGUCAAGCUGCUGGAGACUAUUUUUAUGGGCAUCCAAGCUAGUUCAGAAUUACCAAACGUGAUGUUGUUUGUUGAGUCGUGCAAAGCCACUCCUGAUAACAACCCUGAAAACAGCCUCUCGUACUACAUCAUCAGGAAUGGGUGUGUAGAAGACGAGACGGUAACAAUUUACCCAUCUGAUAAAACUGCAUUCAACUUCGGAGUUCAAGCCUUUAAAUUUACUGGAAACUAUGACCAGGUAACUUUAGAUAGCACCAAAUACAAACCUCUAACCUAUACAAAAAUAUUACUCACACAGUUAUAUACUGAAGAGUAUAUGCAGAACAAAGAAAAUCCUGAUAUCACUGCUUUCCUGCUGUUUUGGCUGGCCCCAGACAGCCCAACAGAACACACGACCCGGAGGCCGACAGCACAGGAGGCCAAAACAGUUCAGUUCCGGAGGCCGACCGUGCGAAAGGCAGCGGCAGCGGGGCAGGUCCGGAGGCCAGCCGCGUGGACGCAACGGCGGGCAGACGGCAACGGCGGCGUAGAAACAGUUCUGGGGGCCGACUGCGUGCAUGGCAGCGGCGGCGACAGAGCAAGUCCGGAGGCCGGCCACACGGAAGGCAGUGGUGGCGUUCAGGAGGUCGUCCACCGUGGCGUCAAUGUCCAACUGGCAGAAGCCUGGCAGAAGGCCGACGAUGUUGAGGCAGCAGUACAGGACCCAAAGGUUGCGUGGCCCCCCCAGCACUGGACGAGGCCGAGGCAGAGGCUGGACCAGGCGAAGCUGAAGCUGAAGCGGAGGCUGGACCAGGCGAAGGCGAAGUUGAAGCUGGACCAGGCAAAGCCAAUGAAGCUGAAGCAGAGGCUGGACCAGGCGAAGCGGGUGAAGCUGAUGCGGAGGCUGGACCAGGCGAAGCUGAUGCGGAGGCUGGACCAGGCGAGGCCGCAGACUCGGAGGCUGCUGCAGGCGGCGUGGAUGAAGCUGCUGCCGCAGGCGGUGUGGAUGAUGAAGCUGCUGCCGCAGGCGGCGUGGAGGCGGCGGCGUGGACGAAACUGUGGAUGCAUGAUGAAGCUGCUGCUGCAGGCGGCGACGUGGUGGAACAGCUGGUGGCUGGACAGGCUCCUCGGGCCCCCCAGCUGCCGAGGAAGGUUGCUGGACGGGCUCCUCGGGCCCCCCAGCAAAAACAAUCACAAAACCAGCGGGCACUGGGGCAUUUCACGGAAGAAGGGGCAUUUCACGGACACCUGCCCUUCUCGGUCAAAAGAGUCAGCCCGUCAGUAA